AACAAUAAUAGCAACAACAAAAAAAAAAAAAAAAUCAAUCAGUCUAUUAAUAUCUACGACUACAAAUUACAAAAAAAAAAGUCUAAACUAGAAGAUACCAAAUGGACGAAGUAACAACCAGAAUAAUUACACCACCAUCAGUAUCACCAACAGCAACAACAACAACAACAACAACCAAUACACCAACAGCUUUGUCCUUUUGUUAUGCCCCUUGUGCAUCCCAACAAUAUGACCUGUGUAGAAAAGAAGAAGAACAUACACACAUGUUAACCGAACUUCGGGAUACCUGUCAAAAAAUCAUGAAUUCCACCAAAUCAGAUAUUGUAGUCACCACUAAUGAUAAACCUACUCUUGCCACCAAACAUGCUCUUGUUGAUACGCCUACCGAUUAUAACUUGACUUUGACUGGUCCACUUCAUUCCCUUGCAUCUGCACGAAGCCAAUUGUUAUUACAUUGUCCUAUCAAAAUCGAAUUAAACUUACCCGUACCUUCAGCUGAAUGUCCUAGUCAAGAUCAAUGUGAUGUUAUUGCCAAAGAAACCAAUACUACUAUACAUAUCAAUCCUCCAGAACCACAUAGAUCUUGUUUUGCGUCUGAUCAUACUUCUUCUUUGAUCAUUACUGGUGUUCCGGAAGAUGCUGAAAAAUGCCGUGUGCGACUUUUAGUCCUACUGGACGAAAAUGCUGGUUUACGUUCUGAUGUAGUUCGUAUGCCUUUAAAGUUUCAAUACUUGAUUGGUGGACGAAAAAGAACAGGUUUACAUCCUAUUAUUGAAGAAACUUGUACAAACAUUUAUUUUCCCUCUCCUUUUGCUGCUGCUACUGUGGGUGAAGACGAAGAUGAUUCUGCUAUUUAUAUCACUGGGGAAGCUGCCAAUGUUGCUCGUGUGAAGGAUAUGUUAAACAAGUUAGCCUCUCAAAAGGCAAAAUCUAUGUAUCACAAAUCUGUCAAAAUGGUUGCUCAAAAAUUGGAUUGGAUGUUAUUACACCGCAAGGAUGAAGUCCGUAAAAUUAUGCAUGAUAAUGGUUCAUUUGUUGGAUUUCCUCCUCUUGGAUCUGGUGAUGAUAGUAUCUCUGUUUAUGCUGAAAAUAGAGUCAAUGCUGAAAGAACUCUAAGAGCUAUCAAUUUUGUGGCCUGUAGCAUUUAUGAAGCCAUCUUUUACUUCAAUGAUCAUGAUGGAAUUAUUUAUAAUGGUGGUGCAUCUCAUUCAUUCUUUGAUUCUAUGUCCAAUUUGGGUGGUAUGGUAUCACAACUUUCUCAAGUUUCUGGUGCUCAAGUCAUAUACAAAACUGAACCUGGUUGUAUUGAAGUAAUGGGAACUGAACGUGCUAUCCGAAAUGUAUAUCAACGUCUACAAGAAAUGGCAUUUUUGAAACCUUUCCACCAAGGUACUAUCUUCCGAGUCGAAUCAGCAAAUGAACAACGUGAUUUUAUUAGUGGCAAGAAAAAUGGCAAAAUUAACAAGAUUAUGAAAACAUCAGGUGCCAAGAUUAGAUUCUUACCAUUGGCAAGUGAUUAUAAUUUCGUUAUCGAAGUGGAUAGUACUAGUUUUACUAAGGCUUUGGAUGGAUUGACUUUGUUACAAGAAGAAUUACCUGCUGAAAUCUCCUUCUUUGUACCUGAAGCUUAUCAUAAACGAAUCAUUGGUGUUGGUGGAAAAAACAUUCAACGUAUUAUGAAGAAAUAUGGUGUCUAUGUCAAGUUUUCUAAUACUGAAGAAUUUGCCUCACUUGGUGGUUAUUAUGACAAUGAAGACAAUGUGGUGGCAAGAACACCGAUGAAGAAUCAAAUUAAUCUUGACAACUUACGACAUGCUGUCAUGGAAUUAAUUCACCCCAAGGAUCGUGAUUAUGUCUCUCGUACUGUGCCCAUUCCCUUCAGAUUACAACGUAUUCUAGCUCAUGAUCAAAGUGUCUUUUUUACCGAGGAAAUUGGCAAGAAAACAAAUACACGUAUCUUAUGGCCUGACUGUGAAUUGGCAACUGAUGAAGUAAUUUUGGUUGGUCCUGAAGCUCAAAUAGAUAUGGCUAUGAGUAUGGUACAAUCUGUUGUUCCUCGUGAUUAUGAAUUACGUGCUCCUCGUACUGAAGCUUUGACCUCCUUGUUGGAAUCUGACGAAUUCAAACGUGUAGUCAUUAUGCGUUUACAACAAGAAUUUGCUGUUACUCUUGGUUCGUACCCUGAUCGUUACUGUGCUGAUGAUAUUUUAUUAGUUCUACACAAUACUACCAUGGAUACAUUUGUUGCCUCUUUGGAUGUGGUUACUUCUUAUCUCAAGUCGAAAAAUAUUUCCUUCUAUGAACAAAAAAUUCCUCCUUUGAUGAUGGCUCCCAAACCUCCUGUUAUCAACCGAUAUUCAAAAGAAGCUUCAUCUUUACUUCCGGAUGUGCCAAUGAUGGGUAGAUUUGCUCCCGAAACUCCAAAAACAACCCUACCACUCAUGACUCCAACAUCUUCCAUGUUACCACCUCAUUCGACUCCAUCUAUGGGAUAUUCUUU